AUGGCUGAGAGGCUCUCAUUGAAGAAUGAUGAACUAUUGUAUCUUAAAUCCAAAGCAAAUGACUUGGAGAAGCAACUAAAAUGCGAAGAAAAUACUGCAGUAGCAAUGGCUGAGAGGCUGAAAAUGAAGGAGGAUGAACUUUUGUGUCUUAAAUCCAAAGUAAAUGACUUGGAGGAGCAAGUACAAGUCUUGUCCAAGAGAAACAUCUUCAGAAACCGUAUUGUGUGUGUGUCAGUUGUGUUAUUUGUUGUUUUGCUUUUUUUCCUUGGGUCUGCUGUUAGGUACAAAGUUAACUCUACUUUGCCCUGGUAUCUCAUUAAGCAGUUGUGGAACAAAUUAAUUGUGGCUGAUCUUGUAGUUGGGGCUGUUCUGGCUGCUCUUGUGACUGUGGUUUCUCUUCUGGUUGUGGUUGCUCUUGUGGAUGGGGCUUUUAUUGGGGCUUGUGUUUGUGGUGCUAUUGGGGCUUGUGUUUGUAGUACUUGUGGUGGUGCUGUUGGGGAUGGUGUUGGGACUGGUGUUGGGUUUGUUGGUGGAGUAGGUGUUGGUGUUGGGACUGGUGUUGGGUUUGUUGGCUGCCAAUCUCUUGCAGAAGACUCCACAUGUUGCUCCCUUGUCCUUGGUCUCCCCCUCUUUUUCUGCAAUUUAACAAGAAGGAUAUUAGCAUAA